AUGCGCCACGCUGCCCGGCGUCUCUCACUUUCCGGGACAGGCCUGACUAUCUACUGUCUGUGCUUCUGCGGCAGCAACUACCUCUACAGCUUUGAAUGGUUUGCUGGCAAACCAGACGAGCACGGUCGGGGACAGCCAACCGAUGUUGGUGACCUAGAGGAGGGCAACGCGGAGGGUGAGACACCGGCGGAGCUUGCGUACCUGCUGGGGCUGGUGAACCGGCUCAUGGGGCACACUUGCAGCGGCGGCACCUCUGGCUGCUCGUGCAACUCAAAAUUCGAUGGUACCUUUGCAUGUCUGUACUCGGACAAGGCCUUCACGUCCUUCAAACUCGCAAAGAUGCUCGCCGCUCGCAAAACCUACCUGCUCGGCAUGCUGCGCACGAGUGGCCGUCCGAAGCCCACUUCCAUGCCGCUGGGCGAGGUCGACGCGGACGGUGCAGCAAACUACUGGCCCUUCCGGGGAUACAGCAAAAAGGAGCUCGAGGAGUGGGAGCGUGGGUAUGCACGUCGAGCCUACACGAAGCUCAAGGCAGGCGAUAUUGACUGGCUCAUGACCGAGCUGUGGCGCGACGCGCGGUGGGUGACUCUGCUCGGCACGGCGUACAUGUCGGAAGAGGAAACGACCGUGCGCCGCUGGGUCAAGGAGCACGGUGAGCGGCGGGAGUUCAAGUGCAGCGAGGCGCUGCAGCGGUACAAUAAAUACAUGGGCGCAGUCGAUCAGUUCACCAAAAUGCUUGCAGCAACCCGCAUGGGCAUGGGUCGCUGCAAACAGCGCUUCCACCGCGCCCUCUUUCUCGGGUGGCUCUUGCCGGCCGUCGGUGUGGUCAACGUCCGGACCGCAUUUUGUGAGCUGGUCAAGACCAAAUUUGGUGGUGCGGCUCUUGCGAGCAUCACGAACGGUCACGGCUUCAAAGAUUUCAACCGUUGGUUCCAGCGGACACUCGGAAAGCUGCUCAUCCGACGGGGGACAACUGAGGCGUCCAUCGAGGAGGGGGGCGAUGAGCCGCACUUCAUGCCGAUGACGCGUCGGCUCCACUGGGAACGCCCGCUGCUGCUGCCGCCGCCACCAGACCAUGGCAUUACCCAUGGGAAGCCAGUGAAUGUAGAAAAGAAUCGCAAAUCCCUUCCGGUGCCGGGCAAAAACGAGGUGAAGGGCAAGAAGUCAGUCCCGAAUCGCUGGUUCAAGGGGAAAGGGCGUUGCCAUCUUUGCGAGUUGCGCGCCACUCGUGCGGCGAGGGAGGCUGGUAUCAAAGUCAAAGAUGUGGACCCCGAUCGCGUGGACGCCCCUGAUGUGUCGCAUUUGCAAAGUGCGCCUGUGUAA